AAAUUCAGUUGCUUGAUCAAUAUAGAUUCAUGGUGGAUAGGUUCACUAAGGGGAAUAAAGUGGACCUACAAGAAGUUCUGCAUCCCAUGACUCGAACUCGAGACCUCUGGUUAAUAGUGAAAGGGAUUUUGACACCUUUCCACACCCUUUGCUACUACUAUUCAUCGUCUUCCCCAUUUCAUCAACAAUUUGGGGGGCAAGAAACAAAUCACAACAAUUUUCACGAAUUCAUCGAUCAAGCUCAAUAUGAAUCAGAUGAAUUUCGUAUGUUCGUGUACAAAUUAAGAAAAUGCCCAAUACUUCAUAGUCACGAUUGGACGUCUUGCCCAUUUACUCACCAAGGGGAAAAAACACGUCGGCGUGACCCAAGAAAAUACAACUAUUUGCCAAUCCCUUGCCCCGCUUACAAAUUCGCGUCUUGCAUUAAAGGAGAUAAUUGCGAAUUGUGCCACGGAGUGUUUGAGGAAUGGCUACACCCCGCUAAGUACAGGACCCAACUGUGCCAUGCUGGCACGUCGUGUGACAGACAAAUCUGUUUCUUCGCGCACACAUGGAAAGAGCUUCGUCCUGAGACGAAGUACAAUUGGCGCGAUGUUUAUCUCUACCCUUUAGACAUCCAACCAUAUCCGGACAUUUUAAUUGAGAAUGGACCAAAUGGUUAUUGGAUGGUUAUUCCCUGUAAACCUCAGCCGACGCCGACGCCACAUGAUCAGUCCUAUGGUACUACUAUCUCUGGACAUGGAAAUUCGUCGACUCCUCAACAAAUUCAGCACGAAAAUACAUCAACGUUUGAGCUGUUUGUUUCCCCUCCUCCUUUUUCUCAAUCUCAACCAAGAAUCGAUCAGACGAUUCAAAAUGAGAGGGAUUUUUCGCUUUAUUCAGCUAGCCAUGCAAAGUUGUUUGAGGAGCUGAAGAAUCUUGCGAUCGGGACUAGUUCUCAUGAUGAAAAGGGGAAAAGGCCUGUGGAGUUUGAGUCACAGGAUCAAGAAUUUCCAAACAUCAAUUGAGUUUCUGACUUCUUGGUGGAUGAAUUUGAGGGUACAAGUUUGUAAAUAUUAUGUAUAUGAUGUAUGGCAGCAAUUGAAUAUUGAUUAAUUAAUUAGAGAUAAUUUUUAAGAGGAUAGUUAUGUUAACAACUUCUAACACUUUUUUGUCAUUUAUCAUUUCUGCCCUUUGUAUGCAUUUGGCGUUAAUCUUGUUGUUUCAACUUUCAAUUGUUGUUUAUUUGUCAUUUCUGUUUGUAUGUAUUAAUUGGAAGUUCUGUUAAAAUGUAUG